ACGCACGGGCUUUAUUGUGCAAAAUAGCGUUUAAACAAUGAACAAUUGCCGGGCGCUCUUUCAUUCCCGGCGGCUUGCUACCUGCAACAUUGGGAGGGCCUCUCUCCAUGGUACGCGCUCACAGUACAAGUAGCGCGCGUCCCGGCCACUCGUGAAAUUCACAGCGUGGAUAGCGUCAUCUGUGAGCGUUUAGAACGGAAGUUUAUAUUUGUACUUCGUCUUUGAACGUCCGCAAAUCUGUCUCUCGCGAAUCGCUAUGGAGGAUAAGAACGCAUCUGGCAAUACCGCGGCUACGGAGAGCUCGGCCGCCUCAACGCCUGCGAAGAAGAGCGCCAAGUCGAAAGCCAAGGCGCAGCGCCCGAAGUCGACGCAUCCGCCGACUUCCGAGAUGGUCACAUCUGCCAUCAAAGAGCUGAAGGACCGCAAGGGCUCAUCCGUGCAGGCCAUCAAAAAGUACAUCGCCUCGACCUAUAAAAUCGACGGCGAGAAGUUCGCUCCCUUUAUCAAGAGAUACCUGAGGGCAGCUGUCACGUCUGGCGCAGUGGUGCAGACCAAGGGGAAGGGUGCGUCAGGCUCGUUCAAGCUCUCUACCACCAAGCCUGCACCGAAGAGCAGUAAGGUUAAGCGUGUCACGCAGAAACCAAUCGCGGAUACCAAGAAGGCUACCGAGAAGAAGGUAACGAAAAAAGCGCCUGCGACGAAGAAGGUAUCCGAGACUAGAAAGACAACGGCUGAUAAGAAGUCCGCAUCUGCAAAGAAAACCGCCAAGACAGCGGCGUCGAAGAGGAUCGAGGCCGCAGCGAAGCAAAAGGCCGCUGCUCAGACCAAGACUCUGUCCAAGACCAAGAAGGCUACCAAAGCCCCGGCUGCAAAAACCAAGACGCCAAAACCGAAAACUACCAAGGCAGCAGCUACCAAGUCCGGAAAGGCAGCGAAAAAAUAAUUUUCUGACUACUCUACUUCUGACACUAAACUGGCCCUUUUCAGGGCCCCAAUCGUUACGCACGAUGAAACGAUCUCUUCGCAAUAACUUCCUUUUUUUUUCAGACAUCCUUUCAGAAAAGUUCUAUACGAAUGUCAAGAUAGCUAUUCAAGAAAUUGGAUCUCUAGAUAUUUUUUAAAAUUGCAUUCACAUUUGUAUAGUUUCAAAGCGACAUUAAUUUGAAAAUUGAUAGUUUUUCGUUGUCAACUAUAGUUUGGUCUAACAAUUUGUUUUGUCUCACAUUAGAUGUUUAUAAAGCAUCAUUGUUUUUAAUCGUGAAGUAGAAUCAUCAACAUAAGCGGUAGCCGCUCACAAAUCGCGUGUUUUAAAUUCCGAAAGAUCUUUGUAUUUCUGAAAUUAGAUCUGGCUUAUAUACGUAUGUACGAGUUGCAAGAUUAGCAAAUGACAUUACAGUGACAACUUGCUGCUAAUAUCUCAUUUACAAACGACAAAAAUUUCAGAUUUAGCUCGUGAAAAUUUCUGAAUAGAAACAUUUGCGUCGUUUUUUCAAUCACGUUAGCUUGAAUGCGUAGCUAUCUCUUCUCUUACCGAAAAUCGAACAUCUAUUGUACGUUCUAAAAACAUUCAUGGAGAAAUUAUUUGAUCACCAUUCAUUCAAGAUUACAUGGCCCUUCACAUAGAUAUAGUUUAGGUUAACCAACUCAAAUAUUGAACUCUCCUCAAUUAAUUCUCGUUGUCUUCAUGGAUCGAAGAUAAUAUCUGUGAUAUAGACACAAAAAGUUUAUUACGUCUA